AUGUUGGGCUUUAAAAAGCGAGCACGAAAACGUCAGAAUGCAAAUACACAUUUAAGACGUUUAACGCGAGCUUAUCUUACGCCAAUCAGUCAGUUCCAACCAUUGGUUGUUCGUACUGCAUACGACAAAGUGGAUAAUAUCUAUUGUUUAGUGCGAAAACUUAUAUUGGAACAUCAAAGUGUAACAAGCGGAUUAUUCCCACGAUAUUCUAAAGACCGUGAAAUUGGCUUUGUCAAGGAUAGCAUCUACUGUGCUUUGGCAUGUUGGACUUGUUCGAUUGCUUACAAACGACUGGACGAUGAUCGAGGACGACAAACGGAAUUGAGGCAAUCGGCAGUGAAAGCGAUGCGAGGAAUUAUGUUUUGCUGGAUGCAACAGCUUGAUAAUCUCAAUCAUUUCAAAGAGAAUAUUUCACCAGAAUUCGCUUUAUAUGCACGGUUUGAUUUGCAUACAGGCAUGGUUCUUGAUAGGCCGAAUGAAAAAAAAUAUGGACAUUUACAAAUGGACCUUAUUGCAUUGUAUCUCUUAGCAUUGGUUCAGAUGACUGCAGCUGGUAUUCAGGUAAUUUACACGCAUGAUGAAGUUUGUUUUGUCCAAAAUCUUGUUUUCUAUAUCGAACGAACUUAUCGUACACCAGAUUUUGGUAUGUGGGAAGCAGGUUCUAGGUACAAUGUUGGUGAACGCGAACUUCAUGCUAGCAGUCUUGGAAUGGUAAAGGCUGCGUUGGAAGCAAUAAAUGGUUUUAAUCUUUAUGGGAUGGCUGGAACUAGUUCAUCUGUGAUAUAUGUUGAUAUUGAUGGACAUAACAGAAAUCGUACUACUUUUGAAACGAUUUUACCCAGGGAAAGCAAUUCGAAGAUUAAAGAUGAUAUGGGAUUGUUACAGAAUACUGACGCUGCAUUGCUAUUAUCAAUAGGAUGGCCAGCUUUUGCAACGCAUGAUCCGGAACUUUAUGAAAAAACAUUCAACAAGUGCAUUCGACGUUUGGAAGGGCGAUAUGGGUUGAAGAGAUUUUUACGGGAUGGCUAUCAUACUGAACUUGAAGAUGCUUCGAGACAGUAUUACAAUGAACAUGAAACAUCACUUUUUCAAGAUAUUGAAUGUCAAUUUCCGGUUUUCUUCGCCUAUAUUGCAAUUACUGCUCAUUUUCGUGGGGAACGCAAAUUAUCUCAUUCUUAUUGGCAAAAAACCAAUGACAUGCUUGUAUCGGGCGAAAAAACAUCAUAUUUGGUGAUGCCAGAAUACUAUGCUAUUGAAGAAGAACAUAUGGAUGCCGAAAGAAUGAAGCCGAAUUCCCAGGAAUUUUAUCCAGCGAGCCCAAACGAGUUUGGUCACCAUCUUUGGUCUAAUGCUGUUUAUCUAAUAGCGUUACUUCUAAAGGAUGAGUUAAUUCAUUUAACGGACAUCGAUCCGAUCUGUCGACAUCUUCCAGCCAGCCAACGACCAAAAUACCAGAAUCGUCAUUCCGUAUUUCAGAGUAGUAUGGAAGGCGAUCCGGUAGUUCAGGUUGUUCUGAUCGCUGAGUCAAGUCGUUUGCAAAUGAUGCUUUCAACAUAUGGCAUUGAUACUCAAACUCCUCAUGAUCUUGAGCCCGUGCGAAUUUGGCCGAGUUGGAGAAUGAUGAAGGUAUUUGAAUCCUUAGGGAAGAAUGAGAAAAUGGGCUUGAGCGGUCGACCAAGACGGCCAUUUGGUCCUCUUAAUACGAGCAAAAUUUUCAAACGUUUUGGUGAUACUAUUCUUUGUUAUCCAUUAUUAUUCGAAGUGAAGGACUUCUACAUAAAUGCAGAUCCGGCUGUAUUAAUAAACGAAAUUAAAUUAAAUUUGGAAUUUAUAUCGAGAAGGUGGAAACUUACUGGACGUCCCACAUUUUGUAUGAUUUUACGAGGGGAGAUUAUGAGUGGUGAAUAUUUCAGUCAGAUGUUAGAUUUACUGAUUUCAUUGAAGAACGGUUGUAUCAGUGGUGUACGAGUACGAGUUGGUAGACUUCAUCAACUUUUGAAUUCUGGAUGUGUGGAACAUGUCGAUUUUGCAACUGAUGAUGACGGUAAUUAUGACGAUUUUGAAGAGCUAGGCGAUACAGAUUUGCAGCUGAAUUUUCGGGUUUCGGUGCGAGAUAUUCAUGAAGACGACACCCAAAGUGUUGAGACAAAUAGAAUUGAUAAAUGUCUUUCACUGAAUGAAUGA